ACGCUUGGUGGAAAUGUGUUCUCAUGAGCUCUUUGCCGUGGCCGUGCAAAAUCGAUGGACACAAUUCUUAAGAGGUCGAGCUUCCGAGAGAGGACGGAAACAGGGAGGUAAUGGCUGCCGUUUCUUUGGGUUCCUUGUCUCUUCCUCCUCUCAAGUACCAGAAGGUAGCAGUGUGUUGUUCAUAUGUUAAUGGUAGCCUUAGACCGAUCACAGUCAGUGGAAAUCCUCCGACUUUUGUCUCUGCAUCAGGUCGUCGGAUAGUUGCUGUGGGUGAUUUGCAUGGGGAUCUUUCUAAAACAAGACUUGCUCUUGAAAUGGCUGGAGUCUUGAGCUCAGAUGGCCAAGAUCUAUGGAUCGGUGGAGAGACGGUAUUAGUUCAACUUGGAGACAUCCUUGAUCGAGGUGAAGAUGAAAUUGCUAUCUUAUCAUUAUUGAGAUCACUUGAUAUUCAAGCUAAGUCCACUGGCGGUGCUGUCUUUCAGAGAUUACCCAUUUUGUUCACUCUGUCGCGCGCCAAAAUCGCCUCCUCUGCGCUCUCGGCACGCAACCUUGUUCUUUGUGACCGAACCAUCCAAUUUCCAUCCCGCCGUCUUCAAGACGCACAACGCCAUGCUAUCGGGUCCGCCGGAGACGCCCAAAGUUGCCAAGCACGCGAAGAAAUCCGUUGGAUCAAGCAAUACGAAAACUCACCAAACGAGGAUGAAAGAUGGGAUCUCCGAAGGCAGCAGGCUGUUAUUGCAAGAUCUUCACUUUUGAGGCCAGGUGGUCCACUGGCUUGUGAACUGGGACGCCAUUCUGUGGUUCUUAAAGUUGAUGACUGGAUCUUUUGCCAUGGUGGCCUUCUUCCUCAUCAUGUUGCAUAUGGUUUGGAGAGGAUGAACAAAGAAGUAUCAUUUUGGAUGAGAGACUUUAGUGAAAGUAGUGAUGGUCCGGCAGUUCCUUUCAUAGCUACCAGAGGUUAUGAUAGUAUUGUUUGGAAUCGUCUGUAUUCAAGAGAUUCAGCAGAUGCUAAGUACCAAAUUUUGCAGAUAUCCUCUAUUCUGGAAGAAACAUUGCAAGCUGUAGGAGCAAAGGGAAUGGUGGUUGGCCAUACUCCACAAUUUAAUGGUGUUAACAGCAAAUAUAAUGAAAGAAUAUGGUGUAUUGAUGUGGGCAUGUCUAGUGGAGUUCUUAAUUCAAGACCAGAGGUUUUGGAAAUUGUGGAUGAUAAAGCAAGGGUUAUAAGCAACCAAAAUGACUUGUUUGAAGUCAUGAACUAUCUCUAAAAUUUCCAGUAUGACCAAAAAGGGCAUACAUGACAGAAGACUCUACACACCUUUACGAACACAACGGUUGAUGAAUGCAUGGCCGUGAAAGGAACAAAAAAUCAACUCUUCAAAUAGGUUGUCCAGUUUAUACCCUCAACCUAUUAAAAACGUUGUAUAUUUUGUUUAUGGUCAAAUUGUAUAAAUAUGCACGAACGAAAAACAGCAAAUUGUUAAA